GUUGAGGCUGAAAGGAGGGCUUUGGGAUGUCUUGUAAAGAAAGGGAUUCCCAUUGGUGGUUUACAGAAAGGCUGCUUGGAAUUUGAGGCAAACCCAUAAGGGGGACGAAUAGAAAAAUCCUACAAGCAGGAGUUUUUCCAUUCUUAUUCCAGUCUACCGUGUGGACUCCACUUACAGCUGCGUGUCUUCUUUCAAAAGAUCAAAAUGAUGUCCUCCAAAUUCAAGUGGAUGAUACUGGUUCAGCUCUUGUUGAAUGAACAAGCUUUCUGCAGGGUGCAACAUUCUCUGCGGUCACCAACAACUGACAUCCAUGCGGCUGGAGUGACAGAAAAACGAUAUUCUGAAAAACAGCCACAGUUUAGUCUCCCAUCGGAUCCCGACUCAAGGUUUUCACAUUCAGAGAAGGGCCUUAAUUCAGCCAAAAGCAUAGUCUCCCUCCUCAAGUCAAAGCUACAAGGGAUGAUUACCGAGCCCUACAAUGAGAGUAAUAUAAGCUGUGGGGAGCUGCUUUCCGUCAGUGGUCUGGAUGACCCUUUUGUCUCCAGGUUCCCUCAGGAGCUUCUGGGUCUGUCUUUGGUCCCAGUGUUGGUGGUGGCACACUGCGCACAGGAAGCGCACACCCUUGUUGUCAAGCUGUAUGACCUGUUAGGAGUAGCCGAUACUGACGAACUCCUCCUUGAAGUAGCAAACUUGAUCCAGAGGAGGACAAAUUUGCCAUCUGAAGCCACAACAUCCACUCAGGAGAGUGACCAAGCAGGCUUAGAUGCUGUCAUGUUCAACAUUCAGCAAUUAGCCACAUUGGGAAAGGGAUUGGAACGAAUUAAGAAGAGGCAAAAUUGCAAAGGUUGGACCUGGGUUAAUGGAACAGCCCUGCUUGGAGUAGUUGUCAAGGGCAGCAACGGUGGGUUGGAGGAGGCAAUGCACGCCUGUGAAAAGCUGGGUGUUGCUUGUUCUGGUAUCACAAGUGGUGGACUUCCUGGACGCUAUCAAGCGGUGUUCAAGAAAGGGAGUCGCAUCCUACCCUCUCUAGCCACUGACUGCUGGAUCCAUCAGUGUAACACAGAGCUCUCACACAAUAACGCCUCCUCUCGACGUCUUCGACGCACUCUCCAGAAAGGCUGCAUAAACCAAAAAGAGGAGCGCGUAUACCGAGUGGUGGAGUGGAUCCCCGCAGUCAGCACCCUCUACAACCUGGGCACUGCGGUGUAUUACGCAUCAGUCAACUGCUCUGAGACUGCAAAGGAAAGAGCGGUACUCACUGCUGUCGACCUCGGCACAGACGCCCUUAUUGUCGCCACAGGCGGUGCAGCAGGCGUUGCCGGUUAUGCACUCGGAGCCGGUGUCAAAACGGGCGUCAAGGCCGGGGUCAAGUACCUACUUGGCUCCUUGAAGCAUGAAGAUGUGUUGGUCAACCAGUCCAGCAGGGAGGAGGGUGUCUUCACUGUUCCGUAAACAAACCCAACCAGGACAACCAUCUUCUCGCUUGUGUCCUCGCUACUACAUUGUACAGUAUUUUGUAGUUGAUCGGUUUUUAACUCCUACAACGUUUCAAUACUCUUUUUGUUUUCUGGAUUGCAGAAAAUCAAGCAUCCUCCAACAGCACCUGUAGUAAAAAAAGAACCUUUCUAUUGUAUUAGACCAAUGAAGAGCCUUAGGCCCUUCAGAGCCUUUAGCCUUCUCUGCGGCCAUAUUUACAAAUGUGCGACUUGGGGAAAAAAAGUACUGUGAGUUGAUUUCAGCUGGUGAGUUGUUUAAUAGAUAUUAUUUAGCGGAAAUUCAGACAUUAGCUGAUACCUGAGGGACCAUCCAUUUGCUCUGCAGCUUAUCCUCACAAAAGUUCCAUGUGAGUUGGAGCAUAUUCUAAUGGCCUUUGAGCUUGAAGUGGCUGGCAAAUUGAAGUGCACCUGUAUGCCGACUGUCAUUUCUAAUCACAUUCUAUUUAGUGCAUUUUUCUGAUGUGUGGACUAGUGGUACAGAAUUGCUAUUUUGAUGGUUAAAUAAUGCACUGCACUGUAACUAGCUCUUAUUUGAACUCGUACAGUACUGUAUAAAUGACCAGCUCACUGAGAACUUCCUCUUGCCUCCUUUAAGCAGCUAACUAACGCGUUAAGCUUCCCCGAUGAAUCUCUUAAUUACACCACUCACUCGUCUUCCUAGCAAAUAACACUUUUCACUGGGGUCUAAUCGAAGGCUGUUUAUUUUGUAGCAACGUCACUUGACCAGUGUUAUAAAGCGUACUACUUGAAUGUGGGCAUAAAGCAGCCUUACUAGCGAGAGACUGUUCAGCGCUGCAGCUCAUGUUAUCGAUGAGCAGAUGAACAGAGCUUAAAACAGUGAUUAAAGCAUAGAAGCUACUUUUCAUUGAAAAAAAAACCUGCCACUUUACCUGAAGAAGAAUUGGAUUUUUAAGCAGUUCAAAUAUAUGUACAUUAUCGUUUUUUGAUUUGUGGGUCAAGUUUUAACAAAUUAAAAUUCGUAAUUUAAUCUUAUUUUAUGUUGUGCAUUGUUGAAACAUCAGUACCAAAUAAUGUCUAUAUUAAUAUAUUUAAAAUUCUGAGAAAAUGAAUAAAUAGCUUUUUUUUUUUUUUUUUUUUUUUUUUAAAUAUAAAAAUAUUUUUAAUUGGGUUCAGAUUUCAGCUUUCAGUUUUCGGCCUCUGUUUACUCAUAUUCAUUUUCGGCCAAGAAUUUUCAUUUCGGUACAUCCCUAAUAUAUUACCUUGUUUUCCGUCACAAUUCUGUAAUUUACAGGAAAGUAGAUGACCUGAAUACAGCUACAUGUGUCAAAUGUUUUUCUUUGAGUAAUUAAGUCCAUAAUAAACCUGUGCAUA